GAUGGUGAAUCAUGGUCAAAUGUUGGUAAAGCAAAAUCUAUAUUUGUUCCCAUUUUUUGGGAUAAAACGGGAGGCUGACGUGUAUAUCAGAGUCGUGGCAGGAGGUAGUUUAGGGUCAGAAGAGCUCAGCACGUCCGGCUCACCAGCUCCAAAGAAUGUCGAACAAGAAAGGGUUGAUUUAAAGGGGUACGGAACCCCAGACAAUGACGGUGACGAUUUACCACCAACCAUUGCCGCCGUUAUUGCCAUUGUUGCCA